AAAUUCGAUAUUUGAGUAUUUUUCUUUGUCUUGUAGUGUUAUAUUUCCCACUACUAAUCUAAAAUUAAGAAAAACGAAGCUAAAAACCUUUGACAUUACAGAAGAGUAUCUAAGCCCAAAUAGAUCAAACUACUUUGUUACAGAUCAAAACCAUGAUUAUCUUCUUUUUUGCCUAGUUCCUAAAACCCUAGAUGAUGUUAACUCUCUACGGUCAAGAAAGCUCGCCUGACCGCACCAGCCGGGAUGAGACGCCGGAGACUGUCGUGAGAGACAUCCACGCGCUUACUCCGGCGUCUACGACGGUGUUGCCACCACCUCCUGCCUUGCGAGGCUAUUUUUCUCCGACUAGGUCGACGACUACUUCCAUAAGCGAAGGAGCGUCUUCAGGUGAAAACUUCACAACCAUAAGCAGAGAGUUCAACGCUCUAGUCAUCGCCGGCUCAUCCAUGGGAAACAACAACGAACCAACGGCUCGUGAAGGUGAUCAGGAUUUGAUGAGGAGUAUCCACGAGGAGAGGGAAGAAGAGGAGAUGAACCCAUUGGCAAUAGUGCCGGAGCAGUAUCCGGAUUCGGGUUUGGAUCAUGGAAGUGGGAAUGAGUCGGGUCAGGUUCAGGGUCGAGCUGGGAUGACGUCGGUACAAAGGGUGAAGAGGGAAGAGGUGGAAGCUAAGAUAACGGCAUGGCAGACUGCUAAACUUGCUAAGAUUAAUAACAGGUUUAAGAGAGAAGACGCCGUUAUUAAUGGUCGGGUUAACGAGCAAGUCCAUAAGGCUAAUUCUUGGAUGAAGAAAAUCGAGAGGAAGCUAGAGGAGAGAAAGGCGAAAGCGAUGGAGAAAACACAGAACCAAGUGGCGAGAGCGCAGAGGAAAGCGGAGGAGAGGAGAGCAACGGCGGAGGCGAAGAGAGGAACGGAAGUUGCAAAAGUUGUAGAAGUUGCUAAUCUCAUGAGAGCCGUUGGUCGUCCUCCUUCCAAACGCUCUUUCUUCUCUUUCUCUUCCUAGUUCUCUUAUUGGUCAACCAUAAAACUUAUAGAAUCUCAUCAUUGGAGAUACAUACUUUUUUUUGUUGCUAAAAACAGGACUUUACUUCCAAUUACUAUGUACACAUAUAUAUAAGAUAUAGAAAUACUGAUUUGUGAGUUUC